CCUUUCACACCGAUUGAAGUUUUUUUAGUCUCGCAUCGUCCGUCGCCUUUGCGCAAAUCCGCGUUCACGCUUGUACAGUGAGGACACACUUGGAGCCAAACAGCAGCUUUGUUUCUCUCUUUACUUUUUUUCCCUCCACCUCUUCCUCCGGAGAGAUGCGCAUGAUGGGUCCCGUCGUCCCGGUUCGGAUUAUAUUGGCGCUGUUUUGCGGAGUUGCGCUCGGCAGGAGGCAGGACUCGUCCUCGGCUCUCAGCGGUAUUUCUCGCGCAAGGUGCGCCGCCAGGUGCCUCAGCCUUCACAGCGCGCGCAUCGCUCACGCGCCGACCCACUUUCAGAGUAAUGGAUCCCUGGGCUGGUGUCAAGGCCAUAAGCAAUGCGCGAAGUGCCUGGAGCCGUGCAAAAAAUCUUGGGAACAGAGGGAUGAAUCCUGUCGAGAGCCAUGCGAGCGUGUGUUUGCCAAGCGCCAUGGUGAGUGCGUGACGAGCUGCGAGUUUCUGCGCUCUGUAAUGGCGCUGAAACAAGGCGAAUGUCCGGCUCCAGAACGAGCCAGCGGAUUCGCAGCCGCCUGUGUAGAGAGCUGCGAGGAGGACAACGAGUGCCCAGGACACAAGAAGUGCUGCGCCAAUGGUUGCGGACACACGUGCCAACCGCCAAGAAACCUCUACAGAGGUGCACCUCUGAAGCCCAGGAAGGAGCUAGUGUUUGAGGAGAUGCCAUCUGGUGUGUUGGAGGUCCGUUGGUCGUCCAAGUUCAACGUGUCGGCUGAGCCAGUGCUGAAUGUUCUUCAGAGGCGCUGGAACUAUGGCAUUCACCCAAGCGAGGAUGGUGCAACUGACUGGGAAGUGGUAGCACAGACCUCAGAAGAACGUGUGUGGCUGGCUGAUAUUCGCCCAGGCCGCUGGUACCAGUUCAGAGUAGCAGCAGUCAAUGUACAUGGAACAAGAGGGUACACCACCCCCAGUAGACACUUCAGAGCUUCCAAAGAUCCAUCCCCGCCCCCAGCACCCUCUGACUUACAGGUUAGUCACAUGACCUUUGGAUCAGACCAGUCGGUAUCGGUGCACGUUAGCUGGGUGUCUCCAGCAGACCCAGAUGUCCCAGUGCACCACUACAAACUGUCGUGGAGCAUGGCGCUCAGUGAGGGAGGGUACUCAGUGGCCUCCAAAGUCAAAAGGAGAAAGACAAUCAGUGGGGAUUCUAACUCGGUGGAGCUUGAGGGUUUGAGGGAGGACAGGAGUUACACACUGGAGAUCCAGUCAGUGUCCUAUUGGGAGCAGCUUCCUCUCAAGGGUUCCAAAGCUAUCCUUCGCUUCUCGACACAGCAAGCAAAAACUGAACCCACAGCUAGCCCUGUACUUCAGAAAGGUCAGUCUGAUAUUUUGGAUGUGGGCACACCGUUCUACCAGGAAGGACAACUCCAGGUCCGAGUCUACUGGAAGAAACGAGACCCGACCGUGAGCCGUUACCGCGUGCAGUGGUUCCCAGAGUUUUGUUCUCACAAUGGAAGCAGAAUCCAAGAGAAGCUCUUUACACAGGAGAAUUACGCCAGCUUACCUGGUCUUCAGUUUUCCUGCAAGUAUAAAGUGAUUAUCCAGGCAGUUGGGUCCAAGAGCCGAGCACAAGCAGAAAGCACCACCUUCUCCACCCCACCAUGUGCAACCAUUCAAGGAAAGAGCUCCAAGCCCAUUACCUGCCCUGGAGAUCCUGUUACUCCCGCAAAAGUCCAGGCAAGGGCAGAGAACCUUACUGCAGCUUUCUCUGUGCAUAACAGCAACGUAACAGCUUUGUUCUCAUGGGUGGUAGCUGUAACCCGACCACCUCAGCAGGUCACAGGUUACCAAGUCACCUGGGCUGAUGUUACAGCUGAGAGACACAAAACCAACCAGGCGAACAGCCUCAUCUCUCAGUCCCAAAUCCUUCCUCCAGAACGAAAUGUUUUGGUUGUCUCCGGCUUGCAGCUGGCGUCUCUCUACAGGCUGGAGGUGGGAGUGAUCACCACUGGAGGUCAGGGCCCGACAACAUUCAGAACUUUCCAGACUCCAGGCCAUGCCAGGCCUGUGCUACACUACAAACCGAAGGUGAAAAAGCACCAUUUGAGGUCAGUCAUAGAACAGCACUGAAGCUCACACUGGAACAUGCCAUCCUAACCCCUUCAUCCACCCCUCCCCCACCGAACCCAUCUCCUCAGGAACACAAAGAACAGACAGAACCAAAGAACACUGAGUGGAUCAUUCACUAAGAGGAUCGGAACAAUGAGAAAACAUCUGGCUCUGCGAGAGCCAAGAGGAGAAAAUUGUGAAAGCAGUUACUCCAUCCCAAACGUUCUCGACAAAGGAUUUCCAUCUAUCAGAGAGCCGAAAGAAAAGGAACGGACACUGGUAAAACAAAACCAUAGAAACUGGAAAGAAAUAGUAAAGUAAUGAUCAUAAAUGGAUAUGCAACUAUAAACCUGAGUGAGUUUGUAUUGUUUUUCUUUUUUUUUUCUUUUCGGUCUUUUUUUUUUUAACCCUUGAUAUUCCUUUAUUUCAAUGGCACUUAACCGACAAAGCAGACUGACUGUUAACCUUCACCUCAGCAUAAUCUGUGUUUAAAAAAUAAUUAUAAAAGUGUCUGCAGGUCCAGUGUUGCAUGUGGUGAGAAGUUUUGCUUUGACCCAUAAAUGAAGUGAAGUCGUGUGUGAUUGCAUGUAUAUUUAAACCCCCCCCUUCCUGAUUUGUGGGCAUGCACCUUUACUAUGUGUCAAAUUACAGUUAUACAAAUUGCGAUUCAUGUUCGCUGUGCUCAUUAUCGAUUCUGUGUGAGUUCCUUGUAAGUGCAAUAGGGUUGCUACGGUUUUAUGUUUUUUCACGGUGCAGUUUAAAAAAAUUCAAAUAUUGCUGAAAAUACAUUUUCUUUGGUCUCUGCACCAUUUUUUCUUGCCGCCAUAUGAUAAAUUCAAAUAUGUCGGACUUUUCUACAGAUAUUUUCGAAUUUUCACCCAAAAAAAGUCAAACAGUACUAUAUUUUUUUCACCAUGAUCAUCAUAGUGCGCAAACUCCAAACCGUAACACCCCUAAAGCACAGAAACAGAGUAUUGUUUUUCAUGUGCUUUUCAUGUUGUGAGAUGUUGUCCGUCAUGUAAUUCUUGUAUAUACUACAUGUCCUUAUUUAUUUGUAUUUGCUACAGCUGUGUAAUAUUGGUGUAUGCGUGUGUGAGCGUGAAAGAGAGAAUGGAUUGUGUAUUCCUUCUAUUAUAAGCAUCAUUGUGAGGAGUUUUGUAUAAAAUAGAUUUGUAAAUUCCCAUGGAUUUAAAAAGUGUACUGUACAUAUUUUUUUAUUAUUAAAAAAAUCCCCACACCCUAA